AUGAAAUAAUAAUAACCACUAAAAGGAAUACCAAAUAUCAGAUCACAAUAUUAUGUUGCUGCCUAGGCUUUGAAUUCUUAAUUAUCUUCUAAGAUUAGCAAGACCAAGUCAAGUUAUAUAGAUGAUUCAAACAAAAGUAAAUAUCAAAAUCAAAGUCAUUAGUCAAAGAUUACUCUUAUUUUUAAUUAUCUACUCAGAAAACCUAGCCAAAAAGCACAGCCAAGAGAGUAAAUGUAAGCCUAGAUUAACCAAAACCAGAUGAUUCAACAGUGUUACCUCCUUUAAGAAAAGAAAUAUUGAGAUCAAGAUAAUCGUAACCUACUGUGACCAAAAGUAAAUAACAACAAAGAAAUAAUUCACCUUUACUUCCAUUAGAGAGCAUUCCUGUAAUAGAACCAUCAAAAAUUUCGCAAAAAAAUAUCGGGAUCGUAUCAGCCUAUGCAGCAAAUACUCACUAAGGUCUAGUUAGAUAAUAUAACGAAGACCGAGUUUCUAUUAUUUUAAAUUUAAUGAGACCAAAUUCGAAUACAAGUUAAGGAUAUUGGCCUCAGAGUUCAUUUUUUGCAGUUUAUGAUGGUCAUGGAGGACCAUAGUGUGCAGACUUCAUGAGAGACAAUUUGCAUUAAUAUGUAAAAUUAAUGAUAUGCAAUAGAUUAUUAAAGAGGAUUGCUUUCCCAAUAAUCCUAAGCUUGCAAUUGAAAGAGGAGUCUCAAAGGCUGAGAAAACCUAUUUGGAAAUGGCCGAUCAGAAAGUGUUAGAUAAAUCUGGUUGUUGUGCAGUAUUUGCACUGUUUGUAGACAACAAUUGCUAUGUGGCAAAUAUAGGGGAUUCAAGGGCAGUCAUUUCCUAAGGUGGAAAAGGGAAAUCGAUUACCGUUGAUCAUAAGCCUUCAACUCAAGAGGAACAAUAAAGAAUUAGUAAAUUUGGGGGAUAAAUUUAUUAAACUUAACUUUAAUAAUUAAACGGUGAAAUAUAAUUGGGACCACAUAGAGUUUUGCCAGGGAGAUUGGCUGUUUCAAGAACAUUUGGAGAUGCUGAGGCUAAAUUGACUAAGUAUGGAGGGAUUCCUAAUGUAAUUUCAGCAGAACCAGAUAUAUUUUAGUUAUAAAUUACAGAUUAAGAUUUCUUGAUUUUAGCAUGUAAUUUUUUCAUUUGAUUAAGGUGAUGGUAUAUAUGAUAAAAUGAGUAGUGAGGAAGUUAUUCAAUGCGCUUGGAAUGUGCAAACAUCGAAUAUUCAUAUUUUCGGGGGCAAGGCUGUAGAAGCCAUAAUGAGAUUGUCAUUAUAGAGAAAAACCUUCGAUAAUAUCACAGCUGUAUUUAUUGGUUUUCCUUAACUAGAGAAAAAGUUAAAAAAUAAAUCAUAAAUUUAACAAUGA